AUGACCAGGGUAGCGCGCCAACGCCCCGGAGACUGCUCCCUCGCUGUCGUCUACGAGCCGAGCUACGAGCAGCGCCACGCCCCGGGUCUGCGCCAACUCCUCAAAUUCCACGAGCAAGACGGCGGCUUCUCGUCCGUGACGUGGUUACGGUUCGACGACGCCCGUGGACCGAUCGAACCUCGCCGCGACGUCUGCACGGACUACAUCCUCCUCGUCGAGCAUGUGUCGAGCGUGUCUCGGGUUCUGUUCCACAACGUGCUGAGCAACAUAGUCGUCGUGACGGCUGACUCACCCUGGGAGGUGAAAGCCUUCCUCAGGAGCCAGCUCGCACGGUCCUACCUGCACCUACUGGUCGUGGCUCACAGCACCAGCCAGAGGACUCCCAACGGCACGUACGUCCUCUACGGCCACAAGCUCUACGCGGACGGGAGCGGCUCCAGCGAGCCCCUGCUCCUCGCCUCCUGGAUAAACGACAGCCCCACGGUCGAGGGCGUCGAGCCCUUCCCCGACAAGCUGCGGGACGGCUUCAUGGGCCACCGGAUGCUCGUGUCCGUCGUCGAGAACCCACCCUUUGCCAUCCGAAGGCCGUCCGCGCAAGGCGUCGACGACGCGACGUGGGACGGCCUCGAGGUCAGGCUCCUGCGGCUAGCCGCGGCGCAACUGAACUUUACCGUCGAGUUUGCGGAGCCGCGCUCAACUGCAACCAGUCCCUUGGAGUCGGCCAAGAAGGACGUGCUCCUCGGAGAGUCAUCGAUGUGUAUCGGCGGUGUGUACAUGACCUUGGACUUGGCCGGGCAGUUUGACGCAACGACGGCCCACACCGACGAUUGCGCGGCAUUCAUUUCCCUGGCCUCGACUGCCCUGCCCAAGUACCGGGCGAUCUUGGGACCGUUUCAGCCUUCGGUCUGGCUGUUUAUCUGCGUCUCUUACUUUGUGCUGAUGGUCCCGCUGUCGUUCAACAGCAACUACAGCCUCGUGUCCCUCGUUAAGCACCCAAAGGGCCUCAACCACAUGUUCUGGUUCAUCUUCAGCACUUACACCAAUUCGUUCGUCGUGAAGAAUCCCCUCCUCGACCACGGCUUGGCCAAAAACUCGACCAGCAUGCUUUUAGGGAUCUACUGGGUCUUUACGAUAAUCGUGACAGCCUGCUACACCGGCUCCAUAGUCUCGUUUAUAACCCUGCCGGCGUACCCGAGCGCCCUCGAGAGCGCCAAGGAGCUGCAGGCCUACCGCUACCGCAUCGGCACCCUCGACCACGGCAGCUGGGUGAGCUCGUUCAACGUCAACGCGACCGAGGAUCCUUUCCUCAAGAAGCUCUUUCGCAAAAUCGAGUACGUGCCCAGCGUCCUCGAGGGCAUACAGAACGCCAGUCGGGCUUACUUUUGGCCCUACGCUUUUCUAGCCUCGAGGACUUCCCUCGACUACAUCGUCCAGACGGACUUUGCCCCGACCUGGGCCACAAAGCGCACGCUCAUGCACAUUAGCGAGGAGUGCUUUGUUCGUUACAACGUCGUUCAGCUCUAUCCCAAUGGGUCCCUUUACACCAGGUCGAUGAACGACUUUGUGCUCCGAGCCACGGAAACCGGUCUGAUCGGCCAAAUGGUCACCGACAUAGACUGGCAGCUCCAGCGCAACACCAUGCUCAUGAACAAACAGAUCACCAAGAGAAUGUCGCAAAAAAUACAGGUCGUCGAACGAAAUUUGACUGUGGAGGACACGCAGGGGAUGUUCAUGUUGCUCGGGAUCGGUUUUCUCUUGGCCCUGGCAGUUCUGAGUGUCGAAAAUUUUACCGGUCGUCUAGAUAAACGGAGAAUCGCCAGAGACAACGCGAUCGAACACUUGACUUUCGACUCCAUGGCCCGGAGCAACGUUCAUUUUUUGCAAUUUCAACGAGCUGUGUCUGCAAGGAGAAGUUUAGGUCUACACGCCUGUUGCUUAGUUAGAUCGAUUUUAUUGACGGUGACGACUAAUGCCCCGAAGAUCAAGGUCAAGCUAUCCAACAUUUUCAAGGGCAAGAUCAAUAGUCUCAAGGGAAGGCCACCGUUUGCUUACAGAGACAACAAUAUAUACUUACUCGUGAUCUGA